UGGCUUUGACAACAAGAAAAGCUUUCUUCAAAGAUGGAAAAGCCUUCAUACUGUUACUAGCCCUCUGCAUUUUGCUAGCGAGUCAAACAAAUGCAAGUCUUCUGGAUCCAAGGUUGAUAGGGAGAGAGUUGCAAACAUUCGCCAGGGAUGCGCUAGGAGUGAACGAAAUGCAGCAGUACUUCGAAAGCCUUCAGUAUCACAAGGGAACAGUGCAAGGAGAUCUUGUGACUCCAGAACUUGCUGCAAAACUUUCUGACAAGUUCAAAGUAAGAUUUGAGGUCGUAAAACGGCUCAAGACAGCUGUAGAAGCAUCAUACGUCGGAGCGGACUCUGUUAAACCGGUGCCUCAAGAGGAAUGCUGCAAUGUUGUCAAAUCCACACUCAAGUAUGAUAUUCGAUUCCAUACCAAAGUGGAUAUGGACCGUGUCUGUUUGAAGAUUUCUAACAGUGCCCUUCCAAACCUCGUCUAUUUAGAUAAAGGUGUUGCCGAGGAAAUGAGAGAUAUCUCCAGAACGUAUCCUUUUAUCAAAUGGCAAUAUUUUGGAUCGGAGCAAGGUGUAAUGACCACUUUCCCCGUGUAUGACGAUAAAGAGGAUUGUGGUAGGUUUGACCCUCGUUUCAGACCAUGGUACGUGGAAACUGCUACACAUGAAGCCAAAGAUGUGGUGCUUGUUAUUGAUAUCAGCGCAUCCAUGACUGGGGAAAAACUUCACGCUGCCAAAGAAGCUGCCAAAACAGUAUUGGACACUAUGAACCCUAAAGACCAGGUUGGAGUUGUUUCAUUUUGUACUGUUGCCUCAACGCCAGGAGACGCUGGGGGCAAAAUUCCAUGCUAUAGUGAACGAUUAGCACAAGCAGUUCCUAUAAAUAUAAAGAAAAUGAAAUAUUAUGUGGAAGGAUUAGUACCGCAUGGUCUGAGUCAGUACAAGCCGGCUUUUGAAAAAGCAUUCAGUCUCUUCAAGGGUUCAGUUUCUGGAGAAUCGGGGCAAAAAAAGAAAAGAGUCAUUCUGUUUCUAACGGAUGGCAAACCCUCGGAUAUUAAGAAGGACUCUAUUUUCCGUACAAUAAGGGAUAAGAAUGUUGAGCUCAACAACUCCGUUAUCAUCCUAACGUAUGGAUUUGGCAAUGUAAACCAAACAAUUCUAGAAGACAUAGCGAAGCAGGACACAGCAAAAUAUGGCAUACCAGCAGAUAUCUCGGUUGGAGACAUCACAACCGGCAGAUACAAAUAUGUUAAGGACUUCAAAACCUUAAGAGGAGACAUGGCCACCUAUUAUGAUUUAUUCUCGCUGGGGACCCACCUUGAUCCAGUUGUGUCUGUGCCAUAUGUGGACGCUUUUGGAUUAGGGCAAGUCUUGACGAUUUCCUUGUCUUGUUUUCACAAUGGAAAAUUCAUUGGCGUGGUAGGGACUGACAUCACCGUUGAGGACCUUUUGUCCGACAUAACAUUCUUUAAUCAAGGCCAAAGUACUUAUGCAUUCAUGAUAAGCAACUCUGGAAGGACCCUUAUCCACCCUCUCCUACCAGCCCCUACUGAUGCCUAUGGGGACCCCUUUUUUAUGGACAUAACAACUUUGGAGCCAGAUGCAGAAUUCAAGGAGGUGUUUGAAUCGAUCAAAAAAGGAAAAUCUGGGUCAAAGACUUUUGUUGCCAAACGAUUUCUACCACGAGGGGGAACAGAGAUACAAGGGGUGACAGAGACGGAAGUGAACUGCACAUACUUCUGGACACCUUUAAUGGAGGUCGACUUCACUGUGGGCGUGGUUGUUCCUGUUUCUCAUUCUAAGGACCAACUGAAACCACUCCAGAUGCCAAAUGGUUACUCAUUCAAUUACCAUCGAAUCGACCUAUACCAUACUGGCAAGAUAUGCUCUCACUUUGGAGCGAAUGCUUCUAAAGACACCACGUCCGUGAAGUUUGCUCCAGGAGCUUAUAAGGAUCCCUACAGCUAUAUUGGCAAAGACGAGACGAAGGCAGACGUAGAGUUAUUAAUUGCGUACAUGAAAGAUGACACAGGGAAGGUAACAAAUCCUGGUCUGAAGAAUGACAUCAGGGAUACUGUAAUAGCAACAUGGAAAGUGGAAGACCUGUGGCUGAAUGACAAAACUGACCUUAGCCAAUAUUUGGUUUGGAGAUACAUCGGGACAGCAAAUGGAGUUAUCAGGAGUUCUCCAGGUGUUGUGAUAGACAAACGUUACGAUCCAAGGCAGAGGCCAUGGUAUUAUUCUGCCUUGGCCCAUACGGGUUUACUUGCUCUAACUGCUCCUUAUUUAGACCUGGGUGGAGCCGGAGUUGUAGUAACCGCCAGCCGUGCACUAUACCGCGGAGAGCCGAGUCAUCUGCAUUAUACAAACGAUGAAGUGUUGGGAGUAAUUGGAGCUGACUUUCCUCUCUCGUAUUUUCAUAGGUUACUAACUGAUGUGUAUCCAAAGUGUAAGGAGACCAAAACAUACUCUUGUUUCGUAAUGGACAGCGGUGGUUUUCUUAUCAUGCAUGAGGACUUUUUACUUGCGUCAGCCACAUCGUCUGAUGUACAAUAUGUGCAUAUCACAGAGAAAGAGAAAAAUAUCGCAGAAGACCUCAUCAAAAAGAAAUACCUGGUGAAAAAGCACUGUCGUCAUUUGGAAGAGAUUCAAAAGCAAAGCUUUUAUGAGCUCUCCUUGCCCCUCGGGGGAGCAGACACUCUUCAAAGUGGUGCAAGAUGCUCGAAAUACCAAUUGCAGAAAAUUGUGGGAACCAAUGCCUUCUUAGGUGUUACUGUCAGAGAUUCGUUUUGUCACCCAGAGCCGUGUUCCUGUUCCACUGAUAAAAAUUGUUCCCCUCUCAACUUGACGUGUGAGUGUCCCUGCAUGUCUCGUUUGGAUUUCCAUUACUGCCACAAUGAGUUUUACGAUAGCAGUCUCCCUAUUUGUGCACCCUCGGCAGAGGAGGUCUUAUCAGCUGCCUGUGGUGCUCCGAGCCACAUCGUUCAACUUAACUCAUGUAAAGAUCCUGUCUUGGAAGAUUGCCUCGUUCCCAAAUGCAGCGAGAAGAACAGUUCAGAAACGUGCGAAGGCAUCAUUGGUUGCUAUUGGUGUGAGAACAACAAAGACGAUAUACCAUUGGAGAAAGCGUACUGCGCAAGUGCUGACGUGUGCUUCAAAGGAAAGGAAGUUGGAAACGAGAUCUGCCCAAGCGAAUCACCAAGCACAGCUGUCAUUUCCCAUCCCACACAAGAAAGCCACAGUUUUGAUGUAAAACCUGACAGUAAAAAGAAAUCUCGUCACUUGUCGUACGGAGCUAUCUCAGGAAUUAUUACUGGUUGUAUGGCAAUCGAAGCUGUUAUAUUAAUAGCAGUCGUUUUGAUGAUAAAGCGUUGUAAAAAUAAGUCAAGUUCGCACACAAGUCCUUCUGCCGAACAAAUGUUUGUCAUUGGAACUCAAGGUGCCUCUCCGGAUCCUCCUCAGCAGCAACCUGUGGCGCAGAUCCCCCAACCUGUUGAGCCAGUGUCUGCUGAUUCUAAUAUUUAUAAUAGAUUAAACAGAGGACCGUGUUUAAACCAAGCCUUUUAUGAUAACGUCAGAGAUAGUCCUCCAGCUGUCUCAGCAAGGAAGCAAUUACCUACGACUGUAUCAGAAGCAAGAGGUUCUUCUGGACAGACAAGUUUUGUGAUGUCCACUCUGGAUAGCUGCAGAAGGCGUUCCUCCAGUGCAGACACACAGGGCGAUGUGUCUCUGCAAAAUGUCAGGACAGGUGCAGUGCUCAUUCCAGCACCAGUGAUUCCUAAAGAAAAUCGGACUUUCCCUGAGUCUGUCUCAAAAGAAGAAAAGGUUACGGAGGAUCAGCAGCAGACUUCGGCAUUUGAUGCUGGUUGCACUACCCAGGAAGUUAAUAAUGUGCAGCAGCCUGAUAGCAACGUAACACAAAAAGGUUCUGACGGGAGGCCAUCCAAAGCUACGACGCCUUCCUCUGUUGAGGUUAAUGGGCUGCCGCAUAACUCUAACACACCAGUAAACGUUCUUACGAGACAAGAGAGUUGCGACUCUACUGUUCUUGAUCCUGACAAUAACAUAAUUUGCAUUGAUGUGUAACUUGUAAUGACGGACAAUGUUUCAAAGAGUAUUGACUCGUAAUGAAUUGCUGAAUAGCAAAUGUGAACAGCAGAUUUUUCAAAUCUUUCAGACCGACUUGGGUGAAGAAUGUGGUUGCUUUGACAACUCACUGUUUUAUGCACCUCAGAAGGCACAGUCAUUUGUAGAUCAAAAUAACUUUUUACCGCGGAAUAUUGUUCUAAAUGUACAGUUUAUUUUAUGUGUUCCUUUUGCAAGAAAGUCGAACUCAUUUUGAUUGAUCUUUCUGCUUCAGCGUUUUAUACUUCGGUACAAAAUGCUUGACUCAAAGCAUUGAAAGGGUACUUUAAACUGCUAUGUCGCAGUUUUCAAAUGAAUCUUGUAACUAGCUUAAUUAAAACGUUACAAAGAG